CGUUCCACACAUCCGGCCCCAGAGCUCUCCAGAAAGUUCUCCGCCGUUCACCGCGGUUAUAAAGGACUCGCGUCUCCCUCACAAACCCGCAGACACCAGUCGAAGGCUCCGCGAGCGGACUCCUGAGCAACUCGUCACGAUGGUUCGAGAAACCGGUUACUACGACCUCCUGGGCGUGAGCCCCACGGCCUCACCGGAAGAAAUCAAGAAGGCGUACAGAAAACUCGCUCUGAAAUAUCACCCCGACAAAAACCCCAGCGAAGGAGAGAGGUUCAAAACUAUAUCACAAGCCUAUGAGGUGCUGUCAGAUGCGAAGAAGCGAGACCUGUAUGACCAAGGAGGAGAGCAAGCCAUCAAAGAGGGAGGCAUCGGUGGAGGAAGCUCCCCCAUGGACAUCUUCAACAUGUUCUUUGGAGGUGGCGGGCAGAUGCACAGAGAGAGGAGAGGGAAAAAUGUUGUCCACCAACUGUCUGUUACGCUGGAGGAGAUGUAUAAUGGCGCCACAAGGAAACUUGGACUCCAGAAGAAUGUAAUUUGUGAAAAAUGUGACGGAUAUGGUGGCAAGAAAGGUACCUUAGAGAAGUGCUCAACCUGCAAAGGAAGAGGAGUCCAGGUCAGAGUGCAGCAGAUUGGACCGGGCAUGAUUCAGCAGAUCCAAAGCAUGUGCUCAGACUGCCAGGGGCAGGGCGAGAAAUUCAGCUCCAAGGACCGCUGCAAAAACUGCAACGGACACAAAGUAGAACGCAAAAGGAAAAUUCUCGAAGUUCACAUCGACAAAGGGAUGAAAGACAGUCAGAAAAUUACAUUCCAUGGAGAAGGUGACCAGGAGCCUGGCCUGGAGCCUGGAGACGUUGUGAUUGUACUGGAUCAAAAGGACCACCCCGUUUUCCAGAGACAAGGCGAUGAUUUAAUAAUGAAGCAGAAGCUCAAACUGGUGGAAGCCUUGUGUGGCUUCAAGAAGACCAUUCAAACCCUGGACAACAGAACGCUCAUCAUUAACUCAGAGCCAGGUGAAAUCAUUAAGCACAAUGAUGUGAAAUGUGUUCAGAAAGAGGGUAUGCCAAUUUACAAGGAUCCCUAUGAGAAGGGGCAGCUCAUCAUUCAGUUUGAGGUGGAGUUCCCAGAAAAACACUGGCUCCCGGAGCAUCUCAUGUUCCAGCUGGAGAGAUUACUUCCCCCCAGAGAAGACGUGAUGAUUACAGAUGAUAUGGAGGAGGUUGAUCUCAUGGAGGUAGAGGAUGAGAACCAGCAGAGACACUACAGCAGGGAAGCCUACGAGGAAGAUGAUGAGAGUCCAAGAAGUGGAGUGCAGUGUCAGACACAGUGAUUUGUGAAGUGAUUUGUCAAUUUGAAACAAUGUCAGGAUUUUGGGUAAUGUUCCGAGAUUUCCUUUCUUUGUCCAGUCAAAGCAAAAUUUCACUUGUGUCUUUGGAACCGAGCACACAGAGUUCAUUUUUGUGAUCUUUUUGUCAGCAAGAUGAAUGUAAUUGGAGCAAUGUGCUCCUAAAAUUUCUGUAUUUGGUGUUGGUGUAUUGUCUAAGAUCAGUGUCUUUCUGUAUGUAUGUUUCUUCAAACGUUUGUGGCACAAUGGUUUUUUUUUUUUCCAUCCAGAAGCGGAAACAAUGACUUUUAUGCUUUCUGUGAAGGUUAUUUAAAGUCUCAAAGAUUUCUAAUGAUUCGUCAAUAAAAAAAAAUCCAAAAGA